AUGAUUUCCUCCAUCUUCCGAUACUCGGUUCCAUGUCGAUAUGUGAGCAGACAGUGUCCUCACAAAUUGAAGGCCCCAUAUUUGGUUAUGGAUUACAUCGAUAGCACCGAAGGAGUUAUGCUUUCCGAAUCCUGGGAAGAGUCACGCCACGACCAGACUCGGAGGAAAAAUCUAUUCACAGGAUUGUCUCGGAUUAUUUUAUCCUUAGCACUUCUACCAUUUGAACGGAUAGGUUCUCUAACAAUUGAUAACCGAGGCGUCAUACGACUGAGAAAUCGCCCGCUCACGCUCCGACUUCAGCACCUAGAAAACCAGUCCGUUCCGACAAGCAUUAACCGAGACCUAACUUAUUGUUCCCCAGAUGCGUAUUUCCUGGAUCUCCUGGGGUAUCAUGACAGUUAUUUGCGACAUUCGCCGAAUUCUGUGCGGGAUGAGCUUGAUGGCCAGGCGCAGCUAUCAACACUGACCAUAAUGCGUGCUAUCCUGCCGCAUUUCACAAAUCGUGACUUCUAUCGGGGGUCUUUCAUUUUAAAUCUCACGGAUCUACAUCAAAGCAACAUCUUUGUGGACGGCGACUGGAACAUCAAGUGUCUUGUUGACCUAGAGUGGACAUGCUCACGCCCAAUUGAAAUGCUACAUCCCCCAUACUGGCUUACUAGUCGUGGUGUGGACCAAUUGGAAGAGGGGGAGCAUCUCAAUGCUUUCAAACAUAUGCAUAGCGAAUUUAUGGACGCGUUUUCAAACGAGGAAGAAGUACUAUCCGAAAAGGAACCCGGGGCUUUCAGCUUAACAAGGAUCAUAAAACGGGGCUUGGAAAACGGGAGCUUCUGGUAUUCUCAUGCCCUUGACAACCUGAAAGGGCUGUAUAACAUAUUCCUCGAUCACAUUCAACCUAUUUUUACAAAGCUGGACGUUGACGGAGUGGACAGGUUGGAGCAAGCGGUGGCGCCCUAUUGGAGUGCGGAUAUGCAGGGUUUCCUUGCGAAGAAACUCAAGGAUCAAGAAGAAUACCAAAACAAACUGCGGGAGGCAUUCGUGGUUGCCAAGGCAGAACCGAGGUAA